AAUAAAUCUCGUUAUAAUAUAAUCUUUAUAUACAAAAGAUGAACGAAGAUCUGUUUUCUUCAUUUUAUGUUAGUUCGGAAGUAAUAUUGUAUUUUAUUAUAGAAGUUAUAUUUAUUGUAGUAGCUAUUGGGACACUGUAUGAACAUAACCUCAUUUUAACGAUAUGCAAUAUAUGUUGCAUUGUAUCAAUACUUAUUAUAAUGUAUAUAUUGUGUGAUUGGAUAAUACAAUUGUUAAGUAAAAAUUUGAGAUUGAAGGAGGUAAAGUUGUCACUUCAAUAUGUAAUUACUAUUAGGAUAUGUACUAUCUUCAUUAUUAUACAAACAAUUGUUAAAGGAUUUUCUUAUACUUGGACAUACAACAAUAUAGCAUAUAUAUGCUUAUAUUGUUUUGUAAUUAUGCUGUUUAAAAUACUUGAUUUACUUCAACAAAAUUUAGAUAUAAAUGUUAUUGAUAUGAAUGGACUGGAUUAUGGAAGUGGAAUGGCUUAUAGUUAUUAUUAUGGUUAUUUGAGAAUUAUUUUACCAUCCACUGGUACAAACAUUAAUGGCAUAUGUGAAAAAUUAGAAAAUUUUGAAGACAUUCAUAAUGUUCCUAUUUCAGUAAAAAAAUUAUUUAUUCUAAUACCAUUUUCAACAUAUAUACCUCCAGAUUUAAAAAGUCUUUCAUAUGGAUGGAUGGAAAAUAUACAAGAAUUAGAACAAGAAGUAAGAAACAGAGCUGGAAUCAUGAAUCGAUCUUAUCAUAACAACAUAUAUAAGAUUUAUCCUAAUGGACCCAACAGUCGUAAUAAACCAGAAUAUGUUGCAGUUGAAGGUGCAACACCUUUACUAACAUUUUUUGAAGUGCAAAAACAUUUUCAUCCAGAAUCUGCAAUAUAUAAAAAAUACAGUAAACAGAUAAUAAAAACAUUUUAUCUUAAAUUAAAAGAAUUGAUAUAUAAUGAUCUAGAUUGCAGAGAUGUAUGUGAAUUGAUUUAUUACAAUGAUUACAAUUCUGAUGGGACUAAGGUAAAUAUUGCAGAGGUUAUUCUCAAAAGGAUAUCAACACUAAAAGGUUUAGAAUACACAUAUACUGAUUAAAAAUAAUUAUAUAUAACGUUAUAUAAAAUCCUGUUAUCCAGAUAAAAA